AUGACCGCCCAGGCACAAGCCCCUCAGUUGCUGCUGCCGCUCCUGCUGCUUCUCCUUACCCUGCCAACCACAGGCUCAGACCCCGUGGUCUGCUUCACCCAGUAUGAAGAAUCCUCUGGCGAAUGCAAGAACCUCCUAGGGAGAGGUGUCAGUGUGGAAGACUGCUGUCUCAAUGCUGCCUAUGCCUACCAGGAACAUGGCAGUGAAUUCUGUCAGGCAUGCAGGUCCCCAAAAUGGUCACUGUGGUCCACUUGGGCCCCGUGCUCCGUGACAUGCUCUGAAGGCUCCCAGCUGCGGCACCGGCACUGCAUAGGCCGAGGUGGGCAGUGCUUUGAGAAGGUGGCACCUAGAACCAUCGAGUGGCAGCUCCAGGCCUGUGAAGACAAGCCAUGCUGUCCCGAGAUGGGCGGCUGGUCUGCUUGGGGGCCCUGGAGUUCUUGCUCUGUCACCUGCUCCAAGGGGACCCAGACCCGCCAGCGAGCAUGUGAUCGCCCUGUGCCCAAGUGUGGGGGCCACUGCCCAGGAGAGGCACAUGAGUCACAGGCAUGUGACACCCAGAAGAUCUGCCCCACACACGGGGCCUGGGCUGCCUGGGGCCCCUGGAGCCCCUGCUCAGACUCCUGCCAUGGUGGACCCCACAUGCCUACGGAGACACGAAGCCGCACAUGUUCUUCCCCUGAGCCCUCCCAGCAGCCUCCUGGGUUGCCCUGCCCAGGCCCAGCCUAUGAGCAGCGGGGCUGCACUGGCCUGCCACCUUGCCCAGUGGCUGGGGGCUGGGGGCCGUGGGACUCUGUGAGCCCCUGCUCUGUGACCUGUGGCCUGGGCCAGAUCCUGGAACAGCGGACAUGCAAUAAUCCUGUGCCCCAGCACGGGGGCCCCUUUUGUGAUGGUGACAACACCAGGAGUCACAUCUGCAACAAGGCUGUGCCCUGCCCUGUGGACGGAGAGUGGGAGGCCUGGGGGGAGUGGAGCACCUGCACCCGCCGGAACAUAAAGUCCAUCAGAUGUAAAAAUAUGGCGGGCCAGCAGAUGCGCUCAAGGAACUGCAAGGGCCGCACGUUUGAUGGACAGCGAUGUUCGGGGAAGCAACAGGAUAUCCGACACUGCUACGACAUCCAGCAGUGCAACUUGAAAGGCUCGUGGUCGGAGUGGAAUACCUGGGGAUUAUGCAUGCCCCCAUGUGGACCCAACCCCACCCGCGCCCGCCAGCGCCUCUGCACGGCAUUGCUCCCUAAGUUCCCGACCACCAUUUCCUUGGUCGAAGGACAGGGCGAGAAGAACGUGACCUUCUGGGGAAAACCACGGCCACUGUGCGAGGAGCUGCAGGGGGAGAGGCUGGUAGUGGAGGAGAAACGGCCAUGUCUACACGUGCCUGCCUGCAAAGAUCCUUGGGGAAAGCCCUAA